AUGGCUCCCUCGAGACUGGAAACCAUCUCCUUCACCUCCUUCUCCAACAUCGUCAACGGCGAAUCCCGCAGCUCCAAAACCAAAUACCACGGAAUCGACCCCACCACCAAACAACCCAACUGGGAUGUCCCCGUGGCGACCAGCGACGACGUCGAAGAUGCUGUCGCCGCCGCCAACAAGGCCUUUGCCGAGUGGAAGACCACGACCUGGGAAUACCGCACCGAGCGCAUUGCCCGCUUCAAGGAGGCCCUCGAGGCUUACCAGGAGGAGAUGACCGACCUGCUGCUCAAGGAGACCGGAAAGCCUCGCAACUUUGGAGCCACCGAGGUGCAGUCCUGCUCCAAGUUUAUGGAGUGGCACAUGCAGUUGAAGGAGCCCAAGGGGGAAUCGUACGAUCUGGACGACCGGACCAUCGUCAACAAGUUUGUCCCCCUGGGUGUCGCGGCGGCCAUUUGCCCCUGGAACUUCCCACUGUUGUUGAGUUUGGGCAAGGUGUUGCCAGCCGUGCAGAUGGGCAAUGCCAUCAUCGUGAAGCCGAGUCCAUUCACACCAUACACCGCACUGAAGAUGGUCGAGAUCGCCAACCAGGUCUUCCCUCCUGGUCUUGUUCAGGCCCUGGGUGGUGACGACAAACUCGGCCCGGCUCUCGUCGACCACCCUGACAUCCACAAGAUCAGCUUCACUGGCUCAAUCGCCACGGGCAAGAAAGUCAUGGCUGCUGCCGCGAAGACGGUCAAGCGCGUGACCCUGGAGAUGGGUGGUAACGACCCUGCAAUCGUGCUCCCUGACGCCGACAUCGCCAAAGUGGCUCCUAUGGUUGCCAUGGGCGCCUUUUUCAACACUUCCCAAGUCUGCAUCGCCUCGAAGCGCAUCUACGUGCACUCGUCCAUGUACGACGAGUUCCUGGCGGCGCUGGUCAACGUGGCCAAGUCCCUGAAGGUGGGCGCGUCCAACGAAGAGGGCGUGAUGCUCGGCCCGAUCCAGAACAGCAUGCAGUACGAAAGGGUCAAGACCUUCUUUAAGGACACCAAGGACCACGGCUACAAGUUCGCGCUGGGCUCCGGCGACGUGCCCGAGACCAAGGGCUUCUUCAUCGAGCCCACCAUCAUCGACAACCCGCCCGAGGACAGCAUGAUCGUGCAGGAGGAGCCGUUCGGCCCCAUCGUGCCCGUGCAGAAGUACGACGACAUCGAGGACGUGAUCCGGCGCGCCAACAACUCCAAGGCCGGCCUGGGCGCCACCGUCUUCGGCAAGGACCCCCAGAAGCUGCAGGAGGUGGCCGACAAGUUGGAGGCCGGCUCCGUCUGGAUCAAUAGCUUCCCGGCCGCGGGUCCCCAGGCCCAGUUCGGCGGCGUCAAGGAGAGCGGCAUCGGCACCGAGUUUGGCACCCUGGGCGUGUUGGCCUAUGCCAACGUCAAGGCCAUCACGACAUUCAAGAACAACUCAUGA